UAAUAGACAGCUAUAAAAGUGUGCUACGGAAUAUUAAGAACGCUUCAGAUUACACGCAAAUGCGAUAAGCGGCCGCAACAAUCUUAUCGGAAUCGGAACGAAACAGAAACUGCGGCGGCAUACACUCCGUGCGAAUCUGAUGGCUGGGACAGACGCUCGGGUCGGUCAGUCGGUCUUCAGUCUUAAACGAAUCUCUGGCCGAGCACGGUGACAGCGCGUACCGCAAUGGAAUUUGAUGGAAUUCUGGCAAAGUGCGGCGAUGCCGGUCGGUAUCAGUAUCUGAUGCUGUUGCUGCUGGGCUAUGUAGCCUUUACCAGCACAGUACACUACUAUUCCCAGAACAUAAUCGGGUUUGUGCCGCCGCAUUGGUGCUAUCACGAGCAGCUGGUGAAUCGCAGUCACGACCAGAUUGCCGCCAUUUAUGCGCCCUUUGGCAAGGACGCGGCCUGCACGCGCCUGGAGCAGAUCGAGGUCCAUGAGGGCGUCUACAAUCUGACCGUGAGCAGCAAAAGCUGCGAGCGCUGGAUAUACAAAUAUGAUUUCGGAUUUCGCAGCAUGAAUGUCGAGCUGAACUGGGUCUGCGAGAAUGCGUAUAAGGCGCGCAUUGGCCAGUCCCUGUUCUUUUUGGGGUCGCUCCUGGGCACCUUUGCCUUUGGCAUGCUGGGUGAUCGGAUUGGACGCGUGCGCGCCGUUAUAUUGGCCAAUCAAUGCGGCUUUGUGGGCGACUUUCUUACCACGUAUGCCUCGAAUCUGACGCAGUUCAGCGCCUUCCGCUGCAUCUCCGGCCUGGCUGCAACCGCCAACUAUUAUCUGAUGUUUAUUCUGGUGCUGGAGCAUCUGGCGCCAAAGCUGAGAAACUUGGCCAUCAGCGUCAUGCUGGGAUUGUGCUGCUGCCUGGGCGCUCUGGUGGCGCCCUGGCUGUCCGUCUUAGCCGGCAAUUGGCGCAUCUAUUUGACAUUCUCCGCAAUGCUGCAGCUCGUCGUGGCGCUCUUCUAUUUUGUGGUGCAGGAGAGCGCCCAGUGGCUGAUCACGCGCAACAAUGUUGAGGGCGCCAUUGCCAGACUGAAGCACAUUGCGCACUUCAAUGGCCGCCAGGUGCCCGCCGCCGACUUUGAGGCGUUCCGGCAGCAUUGCGCCGCCAAGCGCAAGCAGGAUAAUCAGCAGCAGAAGGCCAGGCUCUUUGAUCUGCUGCGCACUCCGCGGCUGCGCAGAACAGCCCUCGUUGUGAUCUGCACCUUCAUGCUGGUAUCCCUGAGCUUCAAUACCAUCUCACGGAACGUGGAGGGACUGGGUCUGUCGCCAUUUGUGGUCUUCUCGCUGUUUGCCGUGGUGGUGCCGCCCUCGGGCUUGCUGCAGGGUCUGCUGCAGAGUCGUCUCGGUCGCAAGGCCACCUGCCUUCUGGCCCUGCUCUGCACCAGCCUGUUGUCCUGUGCCUUGGGCGUGUGCCUAUCCUUUGAGGGCGCACAGCUGAAUGCCACCCUGCUGCUGGCCUUUGCGCUGCCCACCCGUCUGGGCAUAUCCAUGUGCUACACAACCUUCUCGCAGUACUCGUCCGAGCUGUUGCCUACUUGUGUGCGCUCCCGGGGCAUAGCAACGGCGCACUUGGCCGCUGCAGCGGCCUCGGUUACCUCACCCUAUCUAAUACAUUUGGGCACCAAAUUUGCCGCCGGCCCAUCGCUCAUUUUGACCGCGCUGCUGCUGACGGCGGCGACGUGCGCGCUGCUCCUGCCGGAAACGAACAACAGGCAACUGCCCAUCACACUGGAGGAUGGCGAGACCUUUGGCAAGGGGGAGUCCAUGCUCUCCUUCGAUUGCUGGCGGGCACGGGACGAUGAUGUGCUCAAGCAGCCUGCAGAGGAGCUAAAGCUAAAUGCGCUCAAUGGCGUACGGCGAAAUGCAGAGGCGGAUACGGAUACGGAAGCGGAAACUGCAGCGGAAGCGGAAGCGUAAACACGCCUGGAUCAAAAAUUAUUAGAGUAUUAGAUUAGAUCAAACACACAAUUUAGUUCCGAAAGUUGUCAGUAGAUGCGAAAUUUGCUUUUAUUUGAUUGAUUUUGGGUCACAGUAUUCAACAUAAUAUUAAUUAGGGUGUUUUUCUAUACAUAUAUAUUUAUGUAUAUAUAUAUAUUUCUGUGUGUGUGUGUGUGUAAACUUUGUAAUCCUGUAGUAAUUGCUUACAUAAGUAUAAUUAAAGUGUACAUGGAUCAUGUACUCGUAAAGGGGUAUGUAAACAUUUGCAUAAUUAACUUCAUAUAUGCCAUAAAUGUUAGGGCUUCAAUUUAAACUCUUUUUUUUUGGGAUUUUCUUAUGUUUUUCUUUUUUGCAUUUUUUUUUAAAGAACUAGAGAAAGUCUUAUAAAGUACAAAAUAGAGGUCGCUUAGCCCUGUUUGAAACUCUCAAUGGAAAAAUCUUGUAUAGCAAAGUAGAGGACAGAGUCUAAACUUAAGCCUAAGAGAGGUGUAAUAUCCAGGGCAGAGAUUUUGGAAAAUAUAUAUAUAUUUGUAUAUUUGUAUAUUUGUGUAUGUGUAUCUUGAAUAAUUGGUUGCCAUUAUAAUAGGUAUCUCAUUUAGUUGAUAAAAACUAACGCUGCGAGCCAUUAAUAAACCAAACCAAGCUGCGUUUGUUCUUUAUAUGCAAUUUGUGGUAUGCUCAAAAUUUGCUGUCUGUGUACACUUUACAACUAUUUAUUUAUUUUUUGUAUGCAUUUGAAAGGAUAAUUUAACUUUAUAAGCAUCAAAGAAUGUAAAGCAUGUGUUUUAUAUUUAUACUUGUCCUAUCUUGAAUACCCUUACCAACAUUUACUUACACUUAAAGUAGUUUUCAUCACAUCAGAUUCAGGUAUGGAUUAAAAGUGUUCUUCCAUAUCCCAAUUCUGCAUGAUAAUAGGUAGAACAGAACUCUAAUUUAACGGUCUGGCAACCUUGUCAACGAUUAUCGUGUGUCGGGUGUAUUCCAGAAAACUUUUCUUCUUUGUAUAUUAACGCAACAUAUUUCGGGCGCAUGGCCAUUUAUUGAAUAAUAUAUAUAUAACGCUAUAUCUGAUUGAUUUUCUCAAUAA